GCUGCACUCAGACCCAGGUCUGUGUGUUUAACAUGGGAGACCAGAGAUCAGUUCAGCCCCUCCUGCACCUACUGCUGCUCCUGAUGCUCCUCGCCAGGCUGUCGCAGCUGUGGGCCUUCCCCUUCAGCCCGUCCCUCGACCUUGAUGUCACACCCAGGACAACUGUCUUCUCUAAAGGUCUGCUGGGCAGCGCCAGUUUUUCCGGCUCUUCCCAGAAUUACAGCACCCUCCUGCUGGAGGAGGAGGCCGGGCUGCUGUAUGUGGGCGGCAGAGGAGCCCUGCACGCUCUCAACACUUCCAACAUCUCCAUUACUGCAAACUUCACGAUUGAUUGGGAUGCUUCCCCUGAACAGAAGAAGCAGUGUCUAAACAAAGGCAGAGACAAUCAGACAGAGUGCUACAAUCACAUCCGCUUUCUGCAGAGAUUCAAUGAGACUCACCUGUACGCCUGUGGAACAAACGCCUUCAGACCUCUUUGUGCUUAUAUAGAUGCUGAGCGGUUCAGCUUCUCUUCAGGCUUUGAGGAAGGCAGAGACAGGUGUCCAUAUGACCCAGCAAAGGGAUACACCGGCCUCCUCAUAGAUGGCGAGAUGUUUACGGCUUCUCAGUAUGAGUUUCGCAGCUCUCCAGACGUGCGCAGAAACUUCCCCUUCCCCACGCUCAGGACAGAGGAGGCCCCGACCCGGUGGCUUCUGGAGGCAGAUUUUGUGGGCUCCGUGCUGCUGAAGGAGAGCAUCAACAGCUCUAUCGGUGACGACGACAAGAUUUACUUCUUCUUCACGGAGAGAAGCCAGGAGCAGAUCGCCUACCCGAGCCAGACCAAGGUGUCCAGGGUUGCUCGAGUCUGCAAGAAUGACUGGGGAGGCCAGAGGACCCUGCAGAGGAAGUGGACCUCCUUCCUUAAAGCCAGAAUGGUGUGUUCAGUCCCCGAAUAUGAGCUUCACCUCAAUAUCCUGCGCAGUGUGUUCGUCCUGCAGGGUCGAGACGCUCAAAGCAGCAUUUUCUACGGCGUCUUUGGCCUGGAAUGGAAGAAUAUCAAAGCAUCUGCUAUCUGCCAGUACGCCUUCUCAGAUGUUCAGAAGGCGUUUGAGGGGCCGUUCAUGGAGGUGCAGGACUCAAAGUGGAGGGAGUACACGGGGAAAGUUCCAGAGCCGAGACCUGGAUCUUGUAUAACAGAUGUUCACAGGUCCCAGGGCAUCAACUCGUCUCGAGACCUCCCUGACAAUGUCCUCACUUUUGUCAGGAGACACCCUCUAAUGGCCAGCCAGGUGCACCCAAUAGGGGUGCGCCCACUCAUGUUCAAGAGGAGUGUCAACUAUGUCAAGAUCGUCGUGCACAAGGAGCCGGCGCUGGACGGGAACAUUUACACUGUUCUGUUUCUGGGAACCGAUGAUGGCUGGCUGCACAGAGCCGUAGAUAUCGAUGGAGAAAUGCACAUCAUUGAAGAGUUGCAGCUGUUUGAUAAACCUCAGCCCAUAGAGAGCAUGGUCCUAUCCUCUGCUCUGCGGAGUAUCUAUGUCGGCUCCCACUCUGGAGUGGUGCAGGUACCGAUGUCCGCCUGUCAAAGGUACACUUCCUGUUACGACUGCGUAUUCGCCAGAGAUCCGUUCUGUGGCUGGGACGGGAGGACAUGUGUGGCAAUAUCUUCACGUGCACAGAGGUCAAAUCUGACCCAGGAUAUCUUGAGAGGAGUCAGGGGCUGCAAGGAGAAUUCAGGAAAUGUGGUCCAUCGGAGGCGCUCUGUGAUGUCUGGUGACGAUGUGCUGCUCCAGUGCGAACUGCGCUCAAACCUGGCAACUCCACGCUGGACGCUAAACGGCAAAGAGCUCCAGGGAUACGGCCUCAAUUCGGGCUACCGCAUCGGCACAGAUGGCCUCCUCAUAAUCGGAGCACGUGCCCAACAGAGCGGAUCUUAUCGCUGCUUUGCCGUGGAGAACUCCGUCUCCGUCCUGGUUUAUCUUUACACAGUGAGGGUGCACACGGACUCGUACUUCCCUGUAGAGCCCACAGCCACGACUGACCCCACUACAGUUUAUAGCCCGACUUUUUUCUCCACCACCAGCAGCCCCACAGAGCAGCCUCUGCCGUCACCUCCUGCCCCGCUGCCUCCGGGAGCUGAGUUCCAGACCUACAGACACAUGGAGGCCGUGUACAUUUCACUGGUGGCGGUCCUCGGAGGGCUUUGUUUGGUGUUGACUGUGGUGCUGCUUUAUGUCAGCUUCUGCACCAGACGUGCCUCUCACGACCGGAAGUUCUCCCAGCAGGGGCUGCAGGUCCUGGGGGCGUCUGAAAGAAAAAGAAGCUCCCUUCUUGAGCUUAAAACCAUCUCCAGUCACUGCAACGGCCGCCAGGGUCGUCGCUCCAUCUCAGUGCCAACCUUCGGGGAUGUUGGCGAUGGCUUCCUCCAGAUAGUUCCAGGUGAGGGUCAGUUCUCACCGUGCAGAACACCUCCACCAGCACCUCCUCUUCCUAUGCCGCCUCCGCUGCCAAACAUGGACUAUGCUAACGGGCUGUCGGCCACGCUGCCCAGCGUGCUGAGGAAGAUGAACGGGAACAGCUACGUGCUGCUGAGGCAAGCCGAACACGAUGGCAUGUCGCCGCUCUACCACUCCUUCACAGAGGAGCUCAAUCGGAUCCUGGAGCAGAGGAAACACACACAGCUGGACCUGCAGCCUGACGAGAGCUCCAUCUAGGACGCCCCAGUCUUUGUCGCACAGUUAUUUAUUUUGACCCCGACGGUGAGCCGUUGUUGUGGGGCAAACUUUUAUCAAACGCUGCUGUUAUUUACCCAGUGUCACCUGCAGGUCGUGUCCUCACCUGAUCUGAAAUGUGAAGCCUCUCGUGUCUCCCGUGACAAAAUGGCCCAUGAUUUCACCUCAACAACGGACUGCACUAACCACAGAUUCAAAAAGGUGGAGCUGUGAAAAGCUAGCCGCAGACUGCACUGUUAGAAAAUAACCACGUGUGCGGGGGAGCGUAAUGAAGCGACCUCGGGUGUGGCCUCUUUGGGCUUGUGAUUAAAGAAGGUGGUUGGAUGACACAAAGGUGCAAAGAAGGACACAAAAAGAAUCAGGCCAGGAGGUGAUCAUGUAUUUAUGAGACUGUGGAAGUGUUCAGGAGGUUUUAGUGAUGUGUAACAUUAGCCCUGAAAGUGAUAUUCCACCCAAAAUUUUUUGUGCAUUUGGUUGGUGUGGGAAACUACCUUUCACCUAACUUAACUGCAAACUGAGAGAAUUUCCCCGUGUGUUGCAAAUCUGAAAUGACGAACUCCUGUUCCCUGGUCUGAGGGAGGACUGACUCACCCGUAGAUGCAGGGGUGGGCUCAGAAAGCCUUCUUAUGUUGAUAGUGGCUGUUUCAGCUGUUAGGGCUCCUCUGUUUCUAGGCAGAUGUUGAUGAUUCAUUUUUGUUUUAUGGACAAAAAACUGCACUCUUUUAGGUUGAAUUGGCUGGCAUCCCACCUCCAUCUGUGUCUCAUCAGUGGCUAAUUAGCUCUUCACACGCCCACCUGUGACGUCAGAGCUGACCCUCCAGUCUCCACCUAUAAAUGCACUAAUCUCCAAAACUAAAGGACUACUUGAACAUUUAGAACCUUUAAUUUUAUUAGAAUUUUUGGAUAAAACACUUCAGUGACAUGAGUAACCACAAUCUCCCCUCCCAGGGCUUUUGAGCUCCUCUUCAAAGGUUUAGUCAGGUAAAUUACGAGAGGUGUAACAGAGGGAGAAAAACAAGAGAAUGGAAAGUGUAGUGCAUAUAAGCAAUAAGCUGUUGAAGCUUUUAAAUGUUCUGCCAAAUGAAGGAUUCAACUGCUACCUUGUAUUAAUCAUCUCUCCCAGAUACUCAUUUUAGAAAAAGGGAGGUUAGGCUCUUAACCCUUUAACACCUGGAUUGACAUCACUUUUCUUAUGCUGCAUUC